GGCAAGGCGGAGAAGUCCAAACAAGCAGGGUCGCCAAUGGGAAAUCAGUCCGGGGAAUAACGCUGGAAGGUCUGGCAUAAUGCGGAGAACGAUCUGGCAGUGAGUGUGUGAGAGACUGGGGUAUUUAUACUGAGGUGAGUAGUGCAGCAGAGUGAGCAGGUGAGAGUGAUUGUGCUGAUGAGGUGGGCGUGGCAGACAGGUGCACUGCAUGAGGCUGAUUAGACAGAAAAAUGAGCCUCCUCUGGACAAAGGUCUGAUUCCAUGGUUGGGGCACGCUCUUGAGUUUGGGAAAGAUGUUGCUAAAUUUUUGGCCCGGAUGAAAGACAGACAUGGGGACAUUUUCACAGUUCGUGUUGCUGGUCAUUACGUUACGGUGCUGUUGGACCCAAACUCUUUCGAUGCCGUAAUGAACGACACAGUCUGCUUGGACUACACCCGCAUCCGAAGCCAGCUCAUGGAAAAGGUUUUCAGUCUGCCGAGUAUCAAACCUAAAGCGGAGAGGAAAUGGAUGGAACAGCAUUUUCAAGGUUUCAGUCUCUCCAAGCUCAGCAGCUCCAUGAACACUCACUUUCAGAACCUGCUGCUGCGAGACCAGAAAAACGGCAGCCCAUUAGAGUGGAGACAGGAAGGACUCUUUAGUCUUUGUUACAGCCUACUCUUCAGGGCCGGAUACCUUACAAUGUUUGAAAGAAGAGACAAUGCUACUGCAGUCUACGAGGAAUUUCGCAAGUUUGAUGAUCUCCUCACCAAACUGGCUCGUGGAGGGGAAAUCAAAACAGCCAACUCAUGCCGGGUGCGACUGUGGGAGCUGUUGUCACCAAACUGUCUGAACGGGUCAGGGUCAGGGUCAAACUCCUGGCAGCAGAGCUACCAUGACUUCUUGCAGAAGGAGGGAGUGGAUGCAGAAAUGCAGAAAAGAGCUUUACUUCUGCAGCUGUGGACCACGCAGUGCAAUGCUGGACCUGCUGCCUUUUGGCUCCUUGGAUUCCUGCUCACUCACCCUGAGGCCAUGGAGGCUGUUAAAUCAGAGAUCGGAGGCCUUACUCUCCACAACACCUCCCUGCAGCAUCUUCCCAUCUCCCUGUUGGAAGCACACAGCACACCAGUGCUUGAUAGCGUUCUGAACGAGACCCUACGGCUCACAGCUGCAGUAAUGAUCAGCAGAGAGGUGGUGCAGGACAAGAUCCUGCAUAUGGCCAAUGGACAGGACUACCACCUCAGACAGGGGGACAGAGUUUGUCUUUUCCCCUUGCUCAGCCCUCAAAUGGACCCAGAGAUACACCAAGAACCACAGAUUUUCAAGUAUGACCGCUUCUUAAAUGACGAUACAACAGUGAAGGAUACAUUUUACAAAGAUGGAAAAAGGCUGAAGUACUACACCAUGCCCUGGGGUGCAGGGAGUAGCAUCUGUGUUGGGAAAGAGUUUGCUGUUACGGCCAUUAAACAAUUUGUGUUCUUGCUCUUGGUCUAUCUUGAUCUGGAGAUGUGUGACCCUGAGGCUAAACUCCCACCAGUUAAUCCCAGUCGCUACGGCUUCGGGAUGCUCCAGCCGGACGGAGAUCUGCAGGUCCGAUUCAGACUGAAGAGGACACUGCGUGAAAUGUGACUCAAUAAUUUGACUGUAUAUAAUUGUGAAAUUGUUUACUGAUGAAGCAUUUGUUUUGUGUAGUGCU